GCAGGUGAGUUUAGUUUGGGGAUGUGAAUACAAUGAGUGUAAACCAGCAAGCUCACACAGGGCCUCCUUACGGGCAACCUCAGCCUGGAUAUCAGGGAUACCAGCAGCCUGCCUACGGAGGACAGCCAUUGCCAGGGGUUCCUCAGUCGCAGUAUGGAGUUUAUAAUGGUCCGAUGCCAGGAUAUCAACAGCCAGUCCCUCCACAAGGUUACUUUGCUUCCUUGGGGUUCCCUUUGAAGGGCUCUCCUGUAUCUAACUCUGACAAUUCUUCUCUUGCACCUAAUUUCAUAGGUUCAUUAAGAGCCCCUCCAACAUCUGGAGCUCCCCCUCCAGCCUCUGGAUCAUCUCUUCCUUCUGGCCACCUGGCAUACAGUCAGUUUGGACACGGAGAUGUGCAGAAUGGGAUCCCGGCCUCAGCAGCCCCGAUGCAGAGGCCACCUGCUUCUCAGCCGUUUCUGCCAGGCUCAGCACCCACGCCUGUCAGCCAGACAUCUACGUUCCAGCAAUAUGGUCCCCCCCCAGCCAGUGUACAGCAGCUCAGCAAUCACAUGGCAGGGAUGACAAUUGGCAGUACUACAGCCUCUGCUCCUCCCCCAGCUGGACUGGGCUAUGGUCCCCCAACAUCGGUUCCCCCAGUCUCAGGAAGCUUUAGUGCAACAGGAUCUGGUCUCUACACACCUUACACUGCGAGCCAAGGACCCCCUCCUCCCAGCGUGUCUCAGGGUCUUCCUUUGGCACAGUCUCCGUUUCCUGGUCAACCAAUAUCAACUCAGCGCCUACCUACUCAAGUCCCUGGUUUUGCCCCACCUCCCUCUUCUACAGGGAUUGGACCUUCCUCUUACCCUCCUACCACGGGUGCCCCAAGGGCACCCUCCAUGCCAGGCCCACCGCUGCCUGGGCAGACAGUUGCUGGACCAUCAGCAUCUCAGCCUAAUCACGUAUCCUCACCACCACCUCCAUCAACUAUGACAGGGCUGCACCCUGGGCCUCCCAUGAGUGGCCUCCGUGGACCACCUCCUCCUACUCAUCCUCCUCAGCCAGGUUACCAAAUGCAGCAGAACGGUUCUUUUGGGCAGGUGAGGGGUCCCCAACCAAACUAUGGAGGAGCCUAUCCAGGAGCACCAAAUUAUGGAAGUCAACCCGGACCUCCACCUCCACCAAAACGCUUGGAUCCAGAUUCCAUUCCUAGCCCUAUUCAAGUGAUUGAAGACGACAGAAAUAACUGUGGGUCAGAACCAUUUGUCACUGGAGUGAGAGGGCAGGUCCCACCUCUUGUUACUACUAAUUUCUUGGUUAAAGAUCAAGGUAACGCAAGCCCCCGCUACAUAAGAUGCACAUCUUACAAUAUUCCCUGCACCUCAGAUAUGGCCAAACAGUCCCAAGUUCCCUUAGCUGCUGUCAUAAAGCCACUGGCUACUCUGCCCCCAGAAGAGACUCUUCCUUAUUUGGUAGACCAUGGAGAAUCCGGUCCUGUCCGAUGUAAUAGGUGCAAGGCCUACAUGUGCCCUUUUAUGCAAUUCAUUGAGGGUGGAAGGAGGUUCCAGUGUUGUUUCUGCAGCUGUGUCACUGAGGUGCCACCUCACUAUUUCCAGCAUUUGGAUCACACUGGAAAGCGAGUAGACUUCUAUGAUCGACCUGAGUUAUCACUAGGGUCUUACGAAUUUCUAGCAACAGUUGACUAUUGCAAGAACAACAAAUUUCCCAGUCCACCUGCUUUCAUUUUCAUGAUUGAUGUGUCCUACAAUGCUGUGAAGAGUGGCUUAGUGAGGCUAAUAUGUGAAGAACUGAAGUCACUCCUAGACUACCUGCCCAGGGAAGGCAACAUGGAAGAAUCAGCCAUUCGAGUCGGCUUUGUCACCUACAACAAAGUGUUACACUUCUAUAACGUGAAGAGCUCGCUGGCACAGCCACAAAUGAUGGUUGUCUCCGAUGUGGCAGAUAUGUUUGUGCCACUCCUUGAUGGCUUUCUGGUGAACGUGAACGAGUCCAGGACAGUUAUUGUCAGUUUGCUGGACCAGAUUCCAGAAAUGUUUGCAGACACAAGAGAAACAGAAACUGUUUUUGCACCUGUGAUUCAGGCAGGACUGGAGGCACUGAAGGCAGCCGAGUGUGCUGGCAAGCUCUUCAUUUUCCACACCUCUCUGCCCAUCGCAGAGGCUCCAGGGAAGUUAAAGAACAGGGAUGAUAAGAAACUGAUCAACACAGAUAAGGAGAAGACUUUGUUUCAACCACAGACAAGCUUUUACAACAACUUGGCCAAGGACUGUGUGGCCCAGGGCUGCUGUGUGGAUCUGUUUCUGUUUCCAAACCAGUAUUUGGAUGUGGCGACACUAGGUGUAGUAACUUACCAGACGGGAGGCUCCAUCUAUAAGUAUGCGUAUUUCCAGCUGGAGACAGACCAGGAUAGGUUCCUGAAUGACUUGAGAAGGGAUGUCCAGAAAGAAGUUGGAUUUGAUGCCGUAAUGAGAGUGCGCACAAGCACAGGUAUUCGAGCAACUGACUUCUUUGGAGCUUUCUAUAUGAGCAACACAACUGAUGUAGAGAUGGCAGGUUUGGACUGUGAUAAAACAAUCACAGUGGAAUUCAAGCAUGAUGACAAACUGAGUGAAGACAGUGGUGCUCUCCUUCAGUGUGCUCUGUUAUAUACAAGUUGUGCAGGACAGCGACGACUCCGCAUUCACAACCUCUCCUUAAACUGUUGCACGCAGCUUGCUGACCUCUAUCGAAACUGUGAGACAGACACACUCAUCAAUUACUUGGCUAAAUAUGCAUAUCGUGGAGUUCUGAGUAGUCCAGUGAAGACUGUACGAGAUGCACUGAUCAGCCAGUGUGCCCAGAUCCUAGCUUGCUAUCGAAAGAACUGUGCUAGUCCCUCGUCUGCUGGCCAGCUGAUCCUCCCUGAAUGCAUGAAGCUGCUUCCUGUGUACUUGAAUUGUGUGUUGAAGAGCGACGUCCUUCAGCCUGGUCCGGAGGUCACAACGGAUGACCGUGCCUACAUUCGUCAGUUAGUCACAUCCAUGGAUGUGGCAGAAACAAACGUUUUCUUUUACCCCCGGCUUUUGCCCCUGACCAAAGCAGAUGUUGACAGUGACUCCUUGCCAGCAGCAAUCCGGAACUCAGAGGAACGUCUCUCCAAGGGUGACAUAUACCUGCUGGAGAAUGGGCUGAACAUUUUUGUGUGGGUGGGAGUCAACGUGCAGCAAGGCCUGAUCCAGAACCUCUUUGGAGUGUCAUCUUUCAGUCAGAUUAGCAAUGCCUUGAGUACCCUGCCUGUCUUGGAAAACCCUUUCUCAAAGAAAGUACGGUCUAUUAUUGACAUGCUUCAAGUGCAGAGAUCCCGCUACAUGAAGUUAAUAGUUGUGAAGCAAGAAGAUAAGCUGGAAAUGCUGUUCAAACACUUUCUAGUGGAGGACAAGAGCCUGAGUGGGGGGGCGUCAUAUGUGGACUUCCUGUGUCACAUGCACAAGGAGAUUCGGGAGCUACUGAGCUAGAGGAGGGAGUGGUGCUGGAACUCAGCAGUGACAUUUUAGUCUCCACUAAUGACCUGAUCGGAAGGCCCAGCGCCCUCAAAAAGGACAGCGUAGAAAUCUGUACAAUUCCAUAAUUUUUAAUACACAUUGCAUAAGCAGAAAUCCCUUCAACCUCUCCCAGUCCUGUACGAGAGAUGAAAAAUUUUCCUGGUGAGGGCU